AUGGACGCAUAUGACCUGCCGUUGCUGCUGCUGCUCCAAUCCCCCAUUCCUCCCCCCCCUCCCAACUUCCUCCAGGCUAAUAUAGACAGAAGGAAGGCGGCUCAUAACGGGGAUCAGUGGCCCAUGGGUGCAUAUGACCUGCCGUCGCUGCUGCUGUCCGCUAAUAUAGACCGUAGGAAAGCAGCUCAUAACGGGGAUCAGUGGCCCAUGGACGCAUAUGACCUGCCGCAGCUGCUGCUGUCCGUGCUCAUGCCCCCUUAUCCGUGCCCAGCAGAGGAGCGAGUGGGCGCAUGGGGGGAUGGCGGGAAGUGGGUGUGCAUGCUGCCAACUGCUAUCCGAGAAAAGCCUGUAGUCUACAG